AUGAAUUGUCAGGAACAGACGGCGUUGGGAUUUCCGGUGUUGGACACUGGGACGGAAGCCGCCUUUAGGUACGACCGCUUGGUAAAGUUGGUUCAGCAGUCGUCACACACGUCUGGUCUCUCUGCUGAGCGCUGCAUCUGGGUGUACGUGCACGAUAUGUACGAGAAAUGCUCAUUUAUUCCAGCGAAAUACUUCGACGUAUACCGCGACAUCUGUGACUUCGCCCUGCGCUGCCUCUGUCCAGAAUCGAAGCCGAACUCACCGCCUGACGUGUGUCCAUCGUUGGAUGAAAUCGUUCAGGACGAGACGUUGAACGCGAUGUUCCAGGCUCCAAAGUGUCGAAUCGAGCAAAGCUAUGUUCAACGCUUAAUGGAAAACCCGGAUGCCAGGUACGGAUUCGUUUGCGGCGCCGUAAUGGCUGUGACGAAACUUUACGCUGAACCGGAAAAAAUUUUCGACCUCGCAAGAUUGUGCGCCGAUAUCACAGCACUGCUUCCGACAUUGAGUUCCGAUUGGCUCGGUCUGCUUAAAGCGCUUUGUUGCUCAGGUACUUUGCAAGCGCAACAGAAGGCGUCGCCGGAAUCGUCUUACACGGAGCUUCUGGCCAAAAUUGAUGUAAUUAUGUCGUCUGUUAUUUUUGGGCAGGAAGAUUUUGUCCUGCACAUCGCAAUGCCGUCUCUCCUGCCGAUGUGGAAGCACAGUGGAGCAUCUAAUAAAGUGGAUCCGGUUGCUGCUUCGGCCGCGAAACUUGCGUUACAUCUGUUGAACGCCCUUUUUCCGUCGCAUGACUGCGAAGGUCGGUCGAAGUUUGUUUGUAUUUUUUUGGCUGCUAAGCUUACUACUUUCCUUAUAGACGAAGCUUCUCCUGCGGACGUAUUUCUGACAAGAAACGGCGGCGAGCGCUAUCUGGUAUGCAGUUCUCACGACGGAAUGGUUCCGGACGCGAUCUUGACCUUGCUCAUUGCCAUUAUGAUGUUGGAGGACAACGAACAGAGCUGCCCGCCGGUCCCGAAGGCGACAGACGGCGUGGAAAGCAAUUUAGACAAACUGCUGAAUAUGGCUUUAGACGGAGAGAGUUCAUCAAAUGCCCCGCGCACUUCAACCCCACUUAGCGAUAACGUGGUCGAAGGACGAAGUUUGAGCGAUAUGGCGAAGGAAAUUCUAACGGUGAUCUGCCAGCAGCACUGGAUAAAGCAAAAGUUUUUGCAUAGCACGGAUUUGUUCGAUCCUAAGCGUUUAUUGAAUCCGUUGGUUAGUCCUUCAAAGGUACGUUUCGCAUUUCGACUGCUUUACAACGAAAUCACCAUUAUCAUUAUGAUCAAUUCCCUAAUCACAAUUUUGAUGCAUCAAUAA